CGAAUUUCUGAGCCAUUUCCUUCUGAUCCAUCCUCACAAUUCCCUGGGAAAAGCCUCAUUUAUUAAUUAAUUACCCAGCCCUGCUGCUGCUGCUGCUGCCAGGCCCAGCUGUCAGAGCACCCAGCUUGCAUCCAGCCCCUCUCCAGGGAUUUCUGGACAAUCCCCCCUUGCUCCUCCUCCUCUUCCUCCUCCUCCUCAUCCUCCUCUUUGUGCGGCUCCGUUUCCUCCCCACCUGCUCCCUUUCCCAGCAGCAAUGGAUCCAUUGUCUGGAGCUGCUCAGCUUUUCCCACAGGGAUUGCAGCUCCACAGAGCUCCCUGUCAGCCUGCCCGGAACGUGCAGCAGCCAAGGAAAACAAGAAACAAGGAGGGGGAAAAAAAAAAAUAAAGGAGAAAGUGAUUUAGCACAAAUUCAGCGGCGCUUUUCAUGAGUUUGGACCCAUCCAGCACCUUCCACCUGCUCAUCCCAUCCCUCCAACACUUCCCCCUGCACCCCAGAGUGGAUUUGGGAGCUGUGGGGUUUGGUUGGGAUGGAGGAAGAACCGGGCUGGCCCUUCCCAGCUCAGCCCCCGCCAUCCCCCGGGAUUCCCGUUCCAGCAGCACUCUGGAUUGAUCCCAAACAAGCACAAAUCCACAGGCACGGGAAAACCUGGAGAGAAAUUCUUUCUGGGCAUGGGCACGCUGCUUUGUGGAUCUGCAGGAAAAAGGAGCCAUUUAGGGCCAGGUUUUGGGGCCUGACCCUUUGUGUCACCUCCCACCCGGUGUCUGUCUGAGCUGGGAUGAUCCAUAUAAUAUUUAAGGAUAUUUAGGAAUAUAUUUGUGCCUGGACAUUGAAUUUUUUAACCCUUCUGCUUUGAAAUGAAACCCCUGGGAAGAUAAUUUGAGCUAUGGGCGUUGCCAGAGGAUCCCUUGGGAGCCCAAAAUUCCUGAGGGAUGAUCCAGGGUCCAGAUCCCUUUUGUGCUCAGGUUUGAAUCUGUGUUCUGGGAAAUUUUCCCUUUUCAGCUCCAGAUGGGAAUUCCCAAAGGAAUCCUGCUCUCCCUCAUUCUCCCAGCCCUCAUUUCCUAACAAAGAGCUGACAGGAAUCAGGAAAAAUCCCCCAAAACUUUAGGAUCAGCACUGGAAGCUGAGAUACUCCGACUGGGAGGCCUCAUUCCCAAUAUUCCUCCUUUGCUGGGGAGAGGAUUUCCCAGGAGAGCACCCAGUUCAACCCGCUGGCUGUCCCAGUAUCCAACUGGGGAGCACUGGUGACCUGAUUGCUCCUGCCAGGAGAUUUUUCCAGGUCUCCACACAGCUCCUGCUCCUGCCAGAAGUGGGACAUGGCCUCCAGCAGGGAAGGAGCUGACCCAGCUGCAGAACUCAUCCCACUGGGCACUUCCAGAGGGGCCAGGGCUCAUCCCACAGCCAGGGCAGGGACUGGCACCAUCCCAGGGCAGGGUUAUUCCCCCUUGGGAUUCCCAAUCCUGCCCUAAAGCAGCCCCUUUCCAUAACCCUUCUCCAGGUGCAGCUUCUCCUUCUCUAAAUGCAGCUGCAGGACCUCCAGAGCAUCCUCAGAGCCUCCAGAGCAGCUCCAGGAUCUUUUUGGGAAGCCUCAGUCCUCUGGAGAGCUCCGGGAACCUCCUGGGAAGCCCCAAAAUCUCCUGGGGAGCCCCAGAACAGCUCCAGAACCCUUCUGGGAAAUCUUGGUUUUCUGGAAAACUCCAGGAACAUCCUGGGAAGUCCCAAAAUCUCCUGGGGAGCCCCAGAACAGCUCCAGAACCCUUCUGGGAAAUCUCGGUUUUCUGGAAAACUCCAGGAACAUCCUGGGAAGUCCCAAAAUCUCCUGGGGAGCCCCAGGAUGCCCCAGAAGAGCUCCAGAACCUUUCUGGGAAGGCUCAGUCUUCUGGAAAGCUCCAGGACACUCUUGGGAAUCCCCAGCACCCUCCUGGGAAACCCCAGGAUACCCCAGGACAGCUCCAGGAUCCUUUUGGGAAAUCUCGGUCCCCUGGAAAGCUCCAGGACCCUCCUGGGAAGCUGCAGCACCUCCCUGGGCAGCCCUAGGACGUUCCUGGGAAGCUCCAGAGUGUUCCAGAGCAGCUCCAGGAGCCUCCUGGAAGCCUGAGCCCUCUGGAAAGCUUCAGGACCUCCCUGGGAUGUCCUAAACCUGGAAAGCACCAACACCUUCCUGGGCAACUCCAGGACUCUCCUGGGAGCCCCCAGCACCUCCCUGGGCAGCCCCAGGACAUUCCUGGGAAGCUCCAGGAUGCUCCAGAGCAGCUCCAGGACCCUCCUGCAAAACCUCAGCCCUCUGGAAAGGUUCAGGACCUCCCUGAGAAGUCCCAAAACCUCCUGGGAAGCCCCAGGACUCCCCAGAGCGCCGACAUUCCCACCCUUUCCCUGUGUCUCCAUCUCCCCUCUCUCCAGGAUCCACCCAUGAGCAUUUCCCACCCUACGCCAAGGAACGGCAGCUCGUGGCACCCGCGGGGGCUGCAGAUCCCGGGGUCACCCUCACAGGCUCCCCCACCUCCAUGCAGCAGGAUCAUCCCUGUCCCCACCCUGAGCUGAGGCUGGAAUCCUCUUAGGGCCGUUGUGGCGGGAUAAUCGCGUUAAGCCGCCCCGUGGCGCCGGCACAAACCCAAAAGGGAAAGCUGGAGGUGAUGAGGAGCCGGCAAAGCCGAGCUCCUUAAGGAAUUAAGAGACAUUGGAGAUGGGAGAGCUCUGAUGGGAUCUCAGGGCACAUCUGAGCUUUGGGGUUUGUCCAUCCAGGGAAGAAAUUCCCAGGAAAUCGUGAGUGCCACACAGCCUGGAGUCUGCAGUGCCAAAGCUUUCUCAGUGUGAGGGUGGUGAUCCCAGAAAAACCAAAGGGAGCAAAAAGCUUCCAAUGGAACUGAGAUCUCCACUCCUAUCAUCAAAAAGCAGCUGGAAAAAAAAUCCCACAGAGAAUCUUUUAGGGCUGGUUUUUUCAUUAUCUCUUCCCCCCCGACAAUGUGUUCCCAGGGGUGGCACUUCCUCCACAAAGCUGGAAAUUUCACGGAAAAGCCUUCCCUGCUGAGAGAAUUCCAGCUGGUUCUCCAAACUCUUCCUCACCAAGGCCCCUCUGGACAACCUCCCUCCUCCCUGAGUUUGUUUAUAUGCUUUGAAUCCCGUUAGGAAACCAUCUCCCUCCUUCAGCGCUGCUUUAUCCAAGUUUCCAUAUUUAGUUCUUUCAGCUAUUCCUGUUCCUGAAGCAGCUUUCCUGCUGCAUCCCUCCAGCACAGGAGGGAAUUAUCCCAAUCCUCCCUGCACCGAUGGAUGCUUGCACUCCCUGAGCCACCCCAAUCCCGAAUCUCUGCCCAGCCAGGCCCUAAUCCCAGCAUUGGGAAUACCCAAUGUGAGGUGCUGCCCGUGGGAUGGGGAGCUGGGAACUGUAGGAUUUUAGGGAGGGACAGAGUUAAAGGCGGCGAAGGAAGCUUUGCUCCUGGCACGUGGCUCCAUGUCAGCCGGCAGAGGCAACGCAGGGAGAGCAGGAAUUCACCCCGCAGGAAUCCACCGGGAGCAGGAGACGCUGCCUGGAGGGAAAUCGGUGUUUGGAUCCCGGCAGCCAAGCUGAUCCCGGGCAGCAGAGCCGGUGCCGGUGCCGGCGGGCGCGCUGACCAUGUUCAACGGGGAUGCCAGCUCCUCGUCUGCCCGGAAUGUGGUGCGCAGCUCCAGCAUCAGCGGCGAGAUGUACAGCCUGGAGAAGAGCGCGCGCGGCAGCGCCGACUCCGUCUCCGUCACCAUCACCGCCAGCAAGAAGCGGCGCUCCAGCCUGGGCGCCAAGAUGGUGGCCAUCGUGGGGCUGUCCCAGUGGAGCAAGAGCACCCUGCAGCUCAACCAGACCGAGGGCGGCCCCAAAAAGCUGCGCAGCACCAUCCGCAGGAGCACCGAGACCGGCAUCGCCGUGGAGAUGAGGACCAGGGUGACCCGGCAGGGCAGCCGGGAGUCCACGGACGGCAGCACCAACAGCAACAGCUCCGACGGCACGUUCAUCUUCCCCACCACGCGGCUGGGAGCCGAGAGCCAGUUCAGCGAUUUCCUCGACGGGCUGGGGCCGGGGCAGCUCGUGGGGCGGCAAACCCUGGCGACCCCCCCGAUGGGAGAUGUCCACGUGGGCAUGGCUGACCGCAACGGGCAGCUCGAGGUGGACGUGAUCCAGGCCAGGGGGCUCAUCCCAAAGAUGGGCUCCAAGUGCAUCCCUGCCACCUAUGUGAAGGUUUACCUGCUGGAGAACGGCGUCUGCCUGGCCAAGAAGAAGACCAAGGUGGUGAAGAAAACCUGCGACCCCUCGUACCAGCAGCCCCUGCUCUUCGAGGAGAGUCCCCAGGGCAAAGUCCUGCAGGUGAUCGUCUGGGGCGAUUACGGGCGCAUGGACCACAAGUGCUUCAUGGGGAUGGCCCAGAUCAUCCUGGAGGAGCUGGAUCUCUCCAGCGCCGUCUCGGGCUGGUACAAACUCUUCCCAACCUCCUCCCUGGCCGACUCCAGCAUCGGACCCCUGACCCGGCGCCUCUCCCAGUCCUCCCUGGAGAGCUCCACCAGCCCCUCCUGCCCGUAG